AUGACUGUUUUAUUGCAAUCUCUCACACACUUCUUCUCCAUGAUACUCCUCUUUUCAUCUCUCCUUGGAGUUAUGACUGUACCCCUGACAUUGCCUAACACCGGAGAUAAACUGGAACUGCUUGAACGACGUGCUAAUGGUAUCCCAGUGAAGAUUUACGCCAAGCGUGUGUUCAAGAAAAGUGACCGUUAUACCAGUUGGGGCAUCCAACUUAACAAGCUUGAUCCGCAAGAGGAGAUUAUUUUAAUCUUUGGUGCUUCACAAGGCCUCAAUCCCCACCAGGACAACAAUGGAAAUUGGAAAAUGGAGAAGAUAAGUAUGAGAUCUGCGACAGGAUGUGUUGUUCUAGGACUGUUCAGCUCUGAAAUAUUCGAGGCCGAACAGUCUGUAUUGGGGUUUGGGAAUAGUUGGAAGGAUGCGAAAAUCUACAAGGACCUUGAAGCAUCUGCUGCUCAUAAUCACCUGGAGGCGAUCAAUGAGGUCGUGAAACGGUUACGGAACCUUGAUCGUGUAACAUUCCAGGAAAUUGACAGCCAUGAUGGUACUACAAAUGUUUGGGAUGACCUGUACCUUGCGAUGACGAAUCCUGCUUUGUAUAAACAGAAGGUUGAAGACUUAUCUGGAGACAAGAAAGGUUUAAUUUGGAAUGUAGAAAAACUGUUAGCUAAAAGCAGAUCAUGA